AGGGCCGUUUGGGCUCUGGCCGCGGCGGACAGACCGCCCCGGCCGAAGCCCGCUGCGGCGGGCCAUGGGCCACGACCCGCACCCGCCCCGCGGGACUCCGCCGCAGCGCGGGUGGCGACGCGGCCGGCGCAGGCCCGGGCGGCCCUGGGUGCUCUGCGCCGCCGCGGCCCUCUCGGCGCUGCCGGGGGCGGCCGCGCAGGACUACGGCUCGGUCUGCGCCUUCGAGGGCGACCCUGCCUUCAUAGAUCUCGGCAACGACAGCGUUCUCAAGGACGGCGUGCCAGUGUCCGGGACCCUCGACGCGAACUACACCCACACGUACACAUACAGCAGCAGCAACGUGACGGCGUUCAACCAGGCGGACGAGUACAGGAAGAUCAUCAUAAACCUGGAGCCGUGCACGGGGACAGUCUUCCUCAUGGUCCGGAAGACACGGCGAUGCUUUCCGAAUCCUUACAGUUGCAUCGACGUGGCCACAAACACAAGGGCGCCAACCGAAUGCCAGUGGGUCCACUUCAUGACGGAGAUAGACGGCAGCCGCGACGGGACGCCGACGUUCUUCGAGGUCCCCUUCACCACGACGAACUACUUCAUCUCCGUCUUCGCGAUGGAGAACGCGGCCUACGAGCUGACCGUUCUCGCGGACACGGGGGCGCUGCCGAGGCCAGGCAACAACGGCCGGAUCACCGCGAAUCAGACCGAGAAGAUCGGCGUCAAUCUUUCGUGGGAGGCCGCCUACUACAGCCCCGCGGGCGUCACAAGCACGUACCAGUACCUCAUAUAUUCCUCCGUGCUGCUGGAAGACGAGGGCCAGCUCAAUCGGGCCGUGUUCUUCCGGAAAGACAAGAUAAUGAACACGGUUUGUGGUCUUGGUUUCAACACCGACGAGCCUGUCAAGUCGGUGGACGCCAGCACUUGCGUUAACGGCCAGUGCAGCGCGAUGGUGGAGGCCCUGCCCAACAUGAGAUACAUCUUCAAUGUGGUCGCCGAGUCCCAACGCGGCAUGAAGUUUGCUUACGCUGGGGGGGUAUUGAAGACCGACUGGGAGGUGGUCAGACAAGCGACCAAUCCCGACAACAGCACCCUGGCGGCGAUCGGGGCGGUGGCGGGCAGCCUGCUGGGCAUCAUCGUGAUGACCUACUUCAUGCUGCUGAACAUCUACGGCUGAGGCGAGAGAAGCGUCCGCGUUGGCCUGUUUGGCCGCGGUUUCGCUCCUCGCCCAGCCGCCCCUUGUACCAUCCCCCCCCAAACGGCUCUCCUCCUCCACCCCCUUCUACGUCGCGUAGGCUGUGUGAUCUGAGCUUCGGAGGUGAAGGCUGCGCGCUGAAAUCUAUUCUGGGCGAGCGGUGGCUCUCAAUCGGCCGUGCGAGCCGGAGGUGCGUGCAACGCGGUGGAGCUAUGUUGUCCAAGCUACGUGCUGUGAGCUAUCGCCAGGGAGGCGUGGAGGCGGGCGUCCAG